UCUGUGGGAGGAGAAAGGCCACAUUCUCUCUGGGUUUUAGGGUGAAACAUUCGUUGAGUGUUUCUGCUCCGGGGAACGCUGAUAACUAGAGGAUUGUGAGUAAUUGCAGACAUAGGCUGUGCACCCGUUCCUUCUCGUCAGGCGUGGCCACCGUGCUCUUUACUGUUCUGAGUCAGAAUUGUUAACCACAAAACCGGGAAUGCAAAAAAAAAACUUGCUCACAUUCUUUGCAAAGGCGAGCUGGCUUCUGGCAAUCAGUAUAAAGCUGGUGCAUUCAGAUGCUGUUAACUAGUACUCUGUCUCCAGGCUGCUAGUUUCUUCUCUCUCAUCAGGAAGAACCAUCAAAAUAAACUAACUCAAGGAAGUCCAUAGAAGCAAGUUUUGUUUCAAAAUGUCUGAACCCACCUCCGGUGACUCAAACAGCAGGAGCUCAUUGCCUUCCCACGUUGGUCGGAGAAUCACCCCUUCCAGCAUCUCCAAUGCUGAAGAGAAUGAGGUUAAUGACUUUGAGUACUUUGGACUCAGACCAAGAGGACAACCCAACCUGGAAGCGUUUCUGGAGAUAUGGAGCGUUGACGUUCACCCAAAUCCAGAUGACAUUAACAGGAGGCAGCAUCAUACAGCGCUCUAUGAUUGCAGCAACCUUAUUGUGAGACGUGGUCAGCCUUUCCAAAUCACCAUCACUGUCAACCGAGCAAUCGAUUUGGAAAAAGACAAGCUGUGGAUUGAGUUUUUGAUUGGUAGGUAUCCGGAUCGCACCAAAGGAACUUACAUUCCGAUUCUUAUCAAAGAACAACUGGAGAAAGGGCAAUGGGGAGCCAAAGUGGUGUCAAUCUGGAACAACGCGCUUACUCUCUCGGUCAUGUCAUCUCCAGAGUGCAUAGUGGGACGUUUCAGAAUGUAUGUAGCUGUGAUGACUCCGUAUGGGAUCCGCAGAACUGUGAGAGAUAAAGAUACAGAUAUUUACAUUCUCUUCAACCCUUGGUGUGAAGAGGAUGCUGUUUAUUUGGGUAAUGACGCAGAAAAAGAAGAAUAUGUCUUAAAUGACAUUGGCUGCAUUUACUAUGGGAAGUUCACAGAAGUGGUCUCCAGAACUUGGUUUUUUGACCAGUUUGAAAGAAAGGUAUUGGACACGUGUAUUUACAUACUGGACAGAGCACAGAUGCCCUUGCAGACAAGAGGAUGUCCAGUCAAAAUCUCCCGAGUUGUAUCUGCAAUGAUAAAUUCAAAAGAUGAUGGUGGUGUCCUUGUUGGAUGCUGGGAUGGGGAGUACACAAAUGGAAUAUCCCCCACAGCCUGGAAUAGCAGCAGAGAAAUUUUACAGCAGUAUGCCGAGACGGGGCUGCCGGUUUGUUAUGGACAAUGCUGGGUCUUUGCUGCUGUACUGAACACAGUUCUUCGCUGCUUGGGGAUACCAGGAAGAGUGAUAACAAACUUCUCCUCAGCACAUGACAAUGAUGCUAAUUUAACCACUGACAUCAUUCUUGAUGAAAAUGGGAAGAAAGAUACAAACUUGACUAAGGAUUCAAUCUGGAACUACCACUGCUGGAAUGAAUGUUGGAUGGCCAGAAUUGAUCUACCGCCAGAAUAUGGUGGAUGGCAAGUAAUAGAUGCAACACCUCAGGAAACAAGUGAAGGCAUGUUUAGGUGUGGACCAGCUUCUGUUAAUGCCAUAAAGUAUGGACAGGUUUACUUGCCAUACGAUGCUCCUUUCAUUUACGCGGAGGUAAACAGUGACAUAGUCUACUGGAACAAACAGAAGGAUGGCUCCCUAAUAAAGGGCGAUGUGAAGACCGAUGAAAUUGGAAAAUUAGUUCUUACCAAGGAGAUUGGAUCUGACAGCAGGAAAGACAUCACCAAUCAAUACAAACAUGAAGAGGGUAGUCCAGAGGAGAGGAUGGCACUGAACACAGCAAUCCAAUACGGGCUGAAGAAGGAACAAGCUGUAACUGAGGUCACAAUGGAUGUAUCUUUAAACAUGCAUGUUCCUGAGAAUGUCCUCCUUGGUACCAACUUCUUUGUUGGCAUAGAACUCCAAAACAACAGCAAUGAAAAACGCAGUACAACUGUUUUUCUCAGUGGCACCGUGGUGUUCUACACUGGAGUUCCAAAAAUUGAAUUUAAGAGGGAGACCAUUAAAGUCACUGUGGAACCUCAUCAAGGUGAGACCCAUUGUUCUGGAUUUUCUGAUUACCGGUGUAUUGUGAUCCAGUUAUGGGGUUAUUGGGGGUUUGGUGAGGGAGCAGCCAUAUAUGCAUGCUUCAUUUUGAUGCUUGGGCAUGAGGUAACCCUAAUGAUUGAAUUUACAAACCCUCUCAGAAAGCCUCUCAAACAUCUGGUUCUUCGCAUUGAUGGACUUGAUACACAGAAGGCAAAGUUAAAGAUGUUCAGUAUCCUCCAAGACAAUGCCACUUUAACAACAAAGGAAGUGUUUGUGCCCAAGAAACGGGGUCAGCGCAAAGUGAUAGCGAGCCUGGACAGCAGUGCAUUGAAGCAGGUCAUCGGAGAAUUAGAACUAAAUGUUACAUAGGAAAUAUAAAUGGAGCAAACAAAGAAUCUUCUUCUAAUGCGCCUUAAAAAAGGGAGUUUUCUGAAGAUGUAAUCUGGAGUGUGUAUUAAUUGAAAAAUUUAAAAGGGAAUUCUAACGUAUUCAUCCUCUGUUUUUGAGCUUGUUUCCAGUGCUAUUCUGUAACAACUUUUUUUCACUUUAACCAAUAUCAAAUUGAUGACAGCACUUAAGAAUUUAUCCUUGUUACAUUUUACCCAACCGUGCUCUAACAUCUUUCAAACUCUGUGGUGCUUAUGUUAUUGUGUACUGGAUAUAUAUAUAUAUAUAUAUAUAUAUAUAUAUAAAAACCAGAGCAGGGAUUAUAUCAGUAGGGCGUUACUUCUUUUCACCUAUGGCUAUACAUAAUGUGUCACAGAAAGCUUGGAUCAAAAGAUACAUGCAGAUAUAGCCCUGCAGCUUGUAAUUUUAUUGGGUAUCUGAAAGAAAGGGAUGUUUGCAUUCACUUACUUUCUCAACUAUUUUCCUGUGUCCUCUCUGGAUCUGUUCUGGAGUAUGGGAUGCGCAAGUGCCAGAGAUAUGUUUUUCAUGCAUCAGCCCGUCUAGUGUUUACCAGCGGGCUGUUCACCCUCAAGGGGAAUCACAUUUGGAUGCAAUCUUCUCCAUGUCCCGUUCCCACCCCCAAGCAAUUAUUUGCAUUGACUUCUUUCCUCUGCAGUUGAGGGUGGUUGACAGGUUGACAAUCUGACAGGGAAUGGGAGGGUGGUGGCAUCGGGACCUGGGAAGCAGAGAAGCUGCAGUGUGUACCUGGAAGCUACAGAAUCUUACACCUUUUGGCUGUCUCCAAGCAGCGAUCUGCUCCCUUUUUCCUUUCAAAAGUAUUCAGAUCAUGCUUUUUUUCUUAAUGUAAGUGCUAAUUGCCAUUAAAACUUUUGCUUUUCUUUAACUGCAGUGAAAAGCACAAUAUUGAAUAUUUCCAUAUUGCUUUACAUACUUUUGUAGCCAGUAAGAAAUAGAUAAUAUUGUAUGAGCGAGUAGUUUUACGUUUAUGUCAUGUAACA